UAAAAAAAUAUGAUCGAUUCCAAUAUCAUUUUAUCCUGCUAUCCUAUAGAUGUCAUACUGAAUCGAAACGAUAUUGCCAUCUACCAGUCGGUCACCGGAAUCAACGAGACUAAAUCUUGAAUAUUUUCCUUAUACUUAACUUUUUCAACUUAUUAGAACUCGUAAGACAUUCUUUGUCAGCCAAAUAAUACUCGUAAAUGUAAUAAAUUACUAGUUCCUAAUUCUGCGCUAUCACUGUUGUCAGAAGAUUAAUGUAUAAUUAUUUCACAUUAAAGUUCUUUCAAUUAUUAUUUUCAACAAAUAGCAUCAAUGAUCUACGAAGAAACCUCGAAUUACAUUAUAGUUUGUAAACGAACAAUAAAAUAAAAAAACACGUCCCUGAAUACAUGAUCGCGCGCCUGCUUAAUCUUGGCGGCUGUCACGUUCUGUCAAGUCUCCUCGUUAGCCUAUGCUCAUCAGCCAUGCUGUAUAUAACUGUAAAAAGUAUAAAUUCGAACAAUUAAGUAUCCCUCGGUGUGGUUCCGAGCUAUUGCAAAAAACAACGGCCUGCAAUCGUGAUCAAACAUGUACCGUAUCUUUUCCGAUCUAACAACUGAUACGGGUGUGUCUACGCGCGUGUUCCAAUACGUGACCAAGUAUGUCAGUCAGUUUGUAAAAGUGCGAGUGCCCCGUAACCGAAGCAAGCAUUAAAUUACCAAAUAGUUAGUAAUUUUCCAACGAUGUCAGCUGACAUCCUGCAGGAUAAGAGCGUGGCCUUGAACGGCAAGAAUGACGUACCGGUCGUCUCGCAGCCCACCAUCAGGAGUGGACUAAGGGUUUAUAAGAUCGUUGUUUUGGGCGAUGGUGGUGUUGGUAAAUCAGCUGUCACUCUACAGUUUGUCAGUCACAGCUUCCUUGAUUACCAUGAUCCAACUAUAGAGGAUUCGUAUCAACAACAAGCAGUUAUAGAUGGUGAGGCUGCACUUUUAGACAUAUUGGAUACUGCUGGGCAGGUGGAAUUCACGGCUAUGCGUGACCAAUAUAUGAGAUGUGGAGAGGGAUUUAUGAUAUGUUACUCUGUAACUGAUAGGCACAGCUUUCAGGAAGCUCUGGAGUAUAGGAAAUUAAUAACAAGAGUAAGAGCUAAUGAAGAUAUACCACUGGUGUUAGUUGGCAACAAAUUUGAUCUGCAACAUCAAAGAAAGGUAACCACAGAAGAGGGAAAGGCACUUGCUGAACAGCUUGGUUGCCCUUUUUAUGAAACAUCCGCUGCACUUAGACAAUUCAUAGACGAUGCAUUUUACUCGUUAGUUAGACAAAUUCGAGCUAAAGAGAGAUCACGAAAUUCAGUACGUAAACAUAGUCGUUGGUGGCGACUUCGUUCGAUUUUCGCGUUUAUUUUUAGAAGAAAGCAAAGACACGUGAACAACCAUCACUAUUCUCCUUAAAUGUAGCCAUUUUAAAAAUAUAUUUUUUUUGAUAGCAUAAUUUUUCAUUGAUAUAACAUGGCAGCAUAAAUAGUUUGAAGUUUUAUAGAUUACAACGAAAAACAAUUUUUCGAUGAUUUUUUUUUAUACUUUAUGGUAGUCCUCCUCUUUAGGGACUAAUUCACUAACAUCUCACUGCCUUAUCUCUAACCCCAUUAUACUUUGAGCAUAGCAAUGGAUACAUAAAAUGUACACUACAAUUCAUCAUUUUUAUCAGAAAGAAAAACCACGAUUUUAAGAGAACUAAUAUUUAAUAUGACAGUAUAGUAUUUUCAUUAUCUCCAAAUAUAUUCUCUCCAUCAUUAUUUAUUAAAAAGGCUGUUGACAUUAUUUAUAGUAUAUUUUACCGUGUAGAGUAUUUAAAAAUUAGAAUCGGUUGCCUAAUUCUCAUAGGAGUAGUUUAUUUAUAUUUUGUUUAAAUUAACAUCCUAUAUCUUCAUCUAGACAUAAUUAAACUUUUAAUUACUCAGUUACAAUUAUUAUCUUACAUGACCAAAGAAUGUUUAAUAUUUAAUAAAGUAUUAAGCGAAGAAUUUAUAAAUGCAGACGAGUUUGCAGUUGUGAGAUGGAAAGCUUUAUGAUACUAAUUGUUAUAUCGUCCUAAUUAAUGAUGUCAAGUUGAUAAUUGAAAUUUAUUUAUGCUAAUUUCAUUUUUGCAGAUAUCAGAAGUGAAUUAUUACAAAAUAUAUGGAAGUUACGAUAAUUUGUAAAGUUUACAAAUGUUACAUAUUUGAAAAUCGCACAAAGUAAAGAGUAUAAACAAGAAAUAUUUUGCAAACAUUUUGCAAUCAAAAGAAAGAAAUAUAUUUUGAUGUUUACUAAUGAAACAAAUAAUACUUUUAUUUAAUCUUGUAUUUUUAAAAUGGCUCCUAAAGAAAAUCGAAUUUUAAAAAUUAUAAUAUA